AAGAGGGGUGACGAGAUCGAUCCUGAGGGGUUUUCGGCGGGCGGGGGAAAAGGUGGAGGAUGGGUGAAACGGGAGGGGGAUAGAGGAGGGCGAAAGAACAAAGAGGGUAGCGGGAAGGAGGAAGAAGAGAGGGAUAGAGGAAUCAGGGGAGAGGGAGAAGAAGGAGAUGGAGAGAGAGAGGAGGGAGAAGAGGCGGGAGGGAGGGGAUACGGUACGGAAGAGGAGAAGAAGUGGUGGUAGCGAGAAUAGAGGAAAGGUGGAAGAGGAAGAGAAGAGGAAGAAGGAGGAGGAGGAAGAGGAAGAGGAAGAGGAAGAGGAAGAGGAAGAGGAAGAGGAAGAGGGGAGGGAGUUAGGAAGAGAAGGUGGGAGCAGCAAACAGACGGACAGAGAGGCGCAGAAAGGCAGGAGGAGGAAAGAAAGAGCUUGGAGAGAGAAUAAUGUUCACAAAGCGGGUAGGCAGGCGGCGCUGGCUGGCUGGCUGGCUAACUGGCAAAGUGACUUUUUAACUAGCACCUACCCGCUUCACUUCCUUCACAUUAUCACUCCUCCGCUUCCUCCACAUUCUCCCCUUCCCUUUCCCUUUCCCCUCCUUCUCCUCACUCUUCAAUCUUCCCUCACUUUCAGGUAUCUUUUUGUUUCUCCUCAUGUCCCAAUUGCUGAGUUGCAAAUGUCUCUCAGACGACUCGAUGGUGGUGGUGGUGGUGGUGGUGCCACUGCUUGUUUUCGUUUUCACUUGUACUACUCUCGGGACUGUGAUUACUACGACUACAUCUCCCCCUCGUGCACAGUCAAUCGCUUCGGUUUUCUAAGGGAUUGUCUGAGAGCUCUUGACAGCAGAUCUUCCGUGCAUUGAAUGCGAUGCAGAUAGCCUACUUAUCGACCUCAAAGAUGACCUUCUGUACCUUCAUCGCAUUGAAGAGCUCAUAGGCCUCAACGGCCUGUGAAAGAGGCAUGAUCUUGUCCGC